AUGGGCUCGCGACUGGACCAGAAGUCCUCCCUUGUCCGCAAACGGAUCGAGAACCACGACUUCCAGAAUGAAGAAGGCGAAGAAUACGAGGGCUCCAAGUUUGGUGGUUUCUCGGAAUACUUUCGAAGGAAAAAGAUCAAGCUGCAGAAUCUGGAUGCCGAACUUAGAGCUCAAUCCUCUGAAAAGCCACAGAUCUUCAAGGGCAUCGUGGCGCAUAUUAAUGGCUACACACAGCCGUCCUUGAAUGACUUGCAUACAAUGAUCGUGCAGCAUGGAGGUGGUUUCAUCCAAUAUCUGGACGGCAAGACUAUGGUCACACACAUAAUUGCGAGCAAUCUGACGCCCAAGAAAAAAGAGGAAUUCCGUCGCUACCGCAUUGUGAAGCCCGCAUGGAUCGUUGAUAGCAUCAAGCUCGGCAAACUACUGCCAUGGGGCGAUUACCGCGUUGUGGAUGAAGGCGUUGGUCAGAAGCUGCUUGGCUUCGAAAACGGCAGUGUCGUGAGCCAGGCUAGCCGCAAACCGCAAGGCUAUCGUGAGCAGACUGACACCAGCUGGUAUACCAGUCAGCUCAAACCUCCAGGUAGCAGUUCAAAGAGACAGUAUCAGCCUACUCAGACUAUCACCCCUUCCGACGACAUCGAGGACGAUGAUUUCCCUUUGCAAGACAUAACGAGCUCAGUGGAGCAAGCGAUGUUUGACGCUGAACAAGCACUUCCACAGGACAAAGACUCGAAGACCGCAGAAUUGGGUGGACUGCAUAUCGGGAAUCAUGUUCAAACACCACCUCCGACGAGUUCCCCCCAUCAGCAAAUCGAGGACGACCAGGAGCCUGCGCCAAACACACCACUGAUGGCUCGUGGAGAGAAGCCCAAGCCACAAGAAUCACCUGCGCUUCGCCCAAGAGAAGGCUCCCAGGAGCCAGACUUCUCUCAUGCCGUCAUUCGGCAAUCUGACGUCCUCAAGAACAUAUCACCUUCAAAGCUUGCUACUAUGACAGCGGAGGAGCACAACGCAUUGCUUCUAUCAGAUCCAAACAUCAGAAAGUCUACGGUGGUGCACCCGGAUUUCCUCGAUCAGUACUACCGUGAAUCUCGCCUCCACCAUCUUUCGACCUGGAAGGCAGACUUGAAAGCCCAGCUUCAGGCCGUUGCUGCUGAAAAGUCGUCUUCACAGAAAAGUAGACACAAAAAGCUGCCCGGCCAGAGACGCUACAUCAUGCACGUCGACUUCGAUAGCUUCUUUGCAGCUGUCUCCUUGAAGAAGUCUCCGCAGUACAAAGAGAAGCCAGCUGUGGUCGCACAUGGAGGUGGAUCAGGUUCAGAAAUUGCAAGUUGUAAUUAUAUUGCCCGUAAGUUCGGCAUCAGCAACGGCAUGUGGAUGAAACGUGCACAGCAGCUUUGCCCGGAGCUUAAAGUGCUUCCGUACGACUUUCCUGGAUACGAGGACGCCAGUCGAAAAUUCUACGAUGCCAUCAUGGCCACGGAUGGAAUUGUACAAAGCGUCAGUAUUGACGAAGCGCUUGUUGAUAUAAGUUCCAUCUGCUUUGCUGAGAGUGGGUCGGAUGGGGUCAAACGCAGUGAAGGUGCUGUUCACCGCGAGCAAAACAAGGCCGACGAAGUAGCUCAGAAACUGCGAGAUGAGGUAUUGGAGAAGACAGGCUGCGCCGUGUCGGUCGGUAUUGGCGGGAAUAUUCUACAAGCAAAAGUGGCUUUGCGCAAAGCCAAGCCGGCGGGGCAAUGUCAACUCAAGCCGGAGGAUGUUCUUGAAUUCAUGGGCCAGCUGGAAGUCACAAAGCUACCAGGUGUGGCGUGGAGUAUUGGUGGGAAAUUGGAAGAGAUUGGCAUUAAGCUCGUGAAGGAUAUUCGCGAGGUUACCAAAGAGAGACUAAUGAAUGCUCUUGGGCCCAAGACAGGCGAGAAGAUGUGGGAAUACGCUCGUGGAAUUGACAAAAGCGAGGUGGGAGAUCAGGUCGUCCGCAAAUCAGUGUCUGCUGAAGUCAACUGGGGAGUGCGAUUCGAAAACCAGGAACAAGUCGACGAGUUCAUGCACGGUCUAUGCGGCGAGCUAAAUAAGAGACUGCUCAAAGAGCGAGUCAAAGGUAAGCAGCUCACCAUGAAAAUCAUGAAACGCGCCGCGGAUGCGCCUUUGGAUCCACCGAAACAUCUGGGCCACGGCAAAUGCGAUGUCUUCAACAAGAGUCUCCAGCUCGGUGUCGCAACCAACGACCACGCGGUACUCACGAAAGAAUCUACUGCCAUGAUGAGGUCGUUUGCAAUCUCACCGGGCGAAUUGAGAGGAAUUGGCGUGCAGAUGCAAAAGCUCGAGCCUAUGAAACAAGGUCCAGGCGGGCUUGACCUGGCAAGCCAGCGUAAACUGCAAUGGGGAACGACAUCAAAGAUAGUCGCGCCCACUUCGAAGGACGAUCCCAUCCAAGACGAUAUCAAAACGCCGGAGAAGCCUCGAGUCCAAGCCAACAGACCCAGUGCCGCGUUCAGGCCUGUCGAGCCGGGUACUCCAACCAAGAAGCUACUUAAUACACUUGGAACACAAUUUGUCCUCCCCACUCAGGUCGAUCCAAGUGUACUGGCAGAGUUACCGGAAGAUAUCAGAGCCAAGCUAACGAAGCAUGUCGACAGCUCUACGGGGCUAAGAGCCGCUGAGGCUGUCAAUCUUCCCGAAUUCAGGGCUACCUCCAGGGCUCAAUCACCCACCGUUCUGCCACCUCAGUCUCAAAUCGAUCCCAGCAUCCUCGAAGCUUUACCGGAUGAUGUACGGGCUGAGAUAUUGGGUUUUUACAAAUCACCCCAAAAUCGCACCGAGAAGCGUGGGGAUCAGCCCGUGCUUCCGCAGUCACCUCGUAAGCUCCGAACUGUUCCACCGCCCCGGCAGGCAGCCGCUCGAAGAGGCAGAGGUAGACCUCGAGGGAGUCGAAACCUGGUCUCCGGCGUCUCUCAUAGGGCCAUGGGUAAUGAUGAGAGCUCUACCCUUACCCAGUCGAAUUUCGUUGCGCGGCCUCUUCGAAAGCCCGAAGAGGAUGGGCCUUCGUCAGACACCGAAGCGGAGGCUGGAGAGCUUGAUCCGGAUGUUUUGGCAGCUUUGCCGGAUGACUUGAGACAGGAAGUCUUAGCCCAACAGCGACAGGCGAGACUCCAGCGGACUGGUGGCAUCGAUCUCUCGCUCCAUCAACGAAGUAAAGUUGGUCGAAAGAAGAAUGCUGAGGAUGCUGGUCCACUUGACAGACAUUUCGUGCUGGAGCCUCGUCUUGCAAAGCCUACGUUCACCAGUCGAAAGCUGUGCGAGCUGCCUGAUCUCAGAAACGCGAUAAGUGCCUGGUUCCAAGCCUUUGAUGAUGAAGGACCUUACGAUGAAGAUGUCGCGGCUUUGGUCAAAUAUUUGAAAGAGGUGGUUUUGGAGGAGAGGGACUUGAGCAAAGCUGUCUCGGUUGUGAAGUGGAUGGCUUGGGUCGUUGAUGAAGGUCAUGAGAUCGAAGAGGAUGUCAUUCAUGUUUGGAGAGAGGCGCUUGGAAAGAUACGACAUGGCGUGCAAGAUGCUGCAGUCGAGAGGGGACUUGGAAAGGUCAAGUUCGAGUGA